CUGCGCCAGAGGCUCUCCUUUCCUUCCUGAAAAGGCGGCCCGGGUCUGUUCACCGUGAAGCGGCCCAGCCCUGAGGCCCGUUCUCCUCAAGCACGCCGGUCAAUCGAUUGAAGCCUGGGGAACCGAGCGAUCGGAGGCUUCCCGGACUUCUCAGCUCUUCCGCCUGAGUCUCCUAGGAGGCGGGCAGCCAGCCGGCCAGCGAUGCUGGGAGGCUGCAGUUGCCAUGGAGACGCACCUGGCGCGCCUGCUUCGGUGGAGCAAGUCCCCAGCUCCUCCUGGGGGGUUCCCAGGCGCCCCCCCAGUUCCAGCGGAGAGAUGCAGUCCCUCCCCAGCGUGUCCUGGGCCUCCUCGCCAGUGGGCUGUGGCUGGGAACGCCUCCAGCAGCGGGGAGGUGCCCAGAGGCCCCGGCCCACCUACGCCAGCUCCUCCCGAUCCCGAGGGGGGCCGAGGACAUCUCGGCAAGGCUCCCGCUGCGGACGUGCGCUACUCGACGAUGUCCGAACCCGGGCUGCGGCGCGACGAAGUCAGAGCAUCCACACGGCCAGAAUCUCGCCAGGCUCCAGGCGCGCGACUCAACAACGAAGACACAAGGCCACAGGCCAGAUCCCUUACAGCAUUCAAGCAACGUUCAUGCCUACAAGACAGCGUUGCUGAGGACACUGCAACAGACGGAAACACAGGAACGCACUAGGGUUCGAUCAGGUUUGUGGAACGAUCUGAAAGAAUGUGCAUCCGGUUCUUACACAUUGUCUUGGUGCUGCCAGACCAUCAAGACCUUAAUUGCUGUGUUGGCUCGUCAAAUAAUCAAGGAGCUGGCUGUGGACAGAUUCAACACUAGAGAUAAUGGCGUACAGUCCUACUGCAGUAUCCAAUUAUGCGACAGGAGUCGUGUGCAGUAGGACACGCAGUAAUUUGUCUCAUUCUGUAACUCGGACAAAACUGGAAAGAAAUAUAAAUGUUUUGGUUCGGAGAAGCUGAAAAACAAGAAAACCUGCUUGCUGUAUUUGACGAUCACCGUUUAAAGAGGUGUACGAAUAUGGGGCUCAGUCCCAAGUGUCGAGAUGCUAGGCUGGGAAUUACCUGCCUGCUAGAUAGUGGAAACACUUGAGGAAAGAAAACGGUUUUGAAGAAAAAUAACAGGAUUGUGCUGGUCAGCUGAUCUUAAAUCUGCCUGCUAUGGUGUGGGAAGAAUCAAGGUUUCCCCGUCAGAAUUAUGUCUAUUAAAAGAGCAAAAUCUAUAACUCAACAUACCCAGAAGUUAUUCUGUGUUGUUAUUUGCUUGUCGGGACGAGCACUGUCCUCCUAACCCUCCUUCUGCAGCGAGGCCAUCCAUUAACUAGGAAUAUGACCCACGUCACCGGCUUCUUUCUGACACCUUGUCAAUACGGCCAGCUGUUGUUACUGCACGUGCAGCGCCGCAUUGUUUUCAAUGGCAAGCUCAACCCUCCCAAAUCAAAUCAAAGUUUAUCGAUCAAGUGCACGACAAUACGG